GUUGAAGCGAAAACGUAGGUUGAAUUGCAAGGAAAAGACAGAUGUAAGAUGUAAGGAGCAAUGUAAAUACAACUUACGAGAUGGCUUCAUCUGGAUAUGCUAUAGGAUUCCUGGUUGCUGUCAUCGCCAUUGCUGCAUUCUACAUCAUUCCUGACUCUGACCCCAGGAUUGUCCAAUUACAGUCUCAGGUCAACACCCUCACCUCUGAGGUCGUGGGUCUAUUUUCUCGUGAAAAUGUUGCAAAAAUGACCAGUCCAGAAAAUGUUGAGGACUCUGGAAAACUGUUCACUGUAGAUUCAUUGAAGGCAUUUGAUGGAAGCAAGAAUAGCCCUGGACUUCACAUAGCCAUUAUGGGGAAGGUCUUUGAUGUCAGCAAGGGGGAGAAACACUACGGCCCGGGAGGGGGAUACAGCUUUUUUGCUGGGAGGGACGGCUCCAAGGCUUAUGUGUCUGGAGAUUUCACUGAAGAAGGACUGAUACCAGAUGUAGCGGGGCUUACCCCUAAAGAUAUGGUUGGCAUUGAUGAUUGGGUCUCAUUCUUUGAAAAAGAAUACACUUAUGUUGGAAAACUGAUUGGUCACUUUUACAAUGAUGAGGGAGAGCCAACGAACAACCUGAGGGCAGCGCACAAGGCCAUUGAGGAAGGAAGGAAAUUGAAAUCAGAUGAAGCUGAUCACAGGAAUAAGUAUCCUCCAUGCAACUCAGAAUGGAGGCAAUCAUCAGGUUUAAGACUCUGGUGCUCAAAUAGGAGCGGAGGCAUUUCACGAGAUUGGAUUGGUGUUCCUCGUAAGCUCUUCAACCCUGGUACCAACAAAUGGCGCUGUGCGUGCAUCAAAGAAUCUGAGCUACACAAUCCUCAUCUUCGUCUGUAUGACAACUGUCCUCCUUCAUCUGUUUCCUGUGUUGGUGAUGCCUGAAAGAUAUGUUCCUCAUGCUAUGGCUAGGGAGAUGCAUUUGUAAACAAUUUUCCCCUAAAUUGUUUUUACUUUUCCAUCAUGAAAGUCGUAAGAUAAAUUGUUGGCAAUCAAACAUGUGUCUAUACAUUAUAGAGGGCAUCUCUCCUUGGGCACUUUGAAUUUUGUCAUUUACCAAAUGCCCAUCUUUUUCAUCAAGAUUUUACAAAUUCACUCAUCUUAUUGACUAAUGAAAUGGCACCAUUUGGUUGCUUAUCAUACCAGCUUUUAAAAUGCUGUUGAUAAGUUUUGUGAAACUGAGUCCUUUAUCAAAUUGAAGAAAUGUAGGCCUUAACCAACUCAUGCAAAAGCUGACUAACGAAAACCAGCACAAGGGUGUUGAUUCACAAACAACAGCAAAAAUCAAUUUGCUAAAAGCUUUAAAAAUAAAAUCCUCAAAGUAUUGAAAUCAACUCAUUUAAAAUUGAUUUUAGCUGUUUGUGAAUCACCUUCCAAUGCUCAAGCAAUAAAUCCAAGCAUUGUUCCUCAGAUUUAAGCAUGAACAGUUUUAAGUUCUAUAAAUUAAAUCUCCAAAGGAGUCAUAUAUCUCCAUAGAGUUUGGAUUUGUAGUUGUGAUAUAUAACUUAUCAUGAGCACACUUAUUUUUUUUAAAUAAAAUAAAAAUCUUGAAACUGGUGUUAGGGCUCAAAAUAAGAUUUUUGUAAGGUCAAGGUUAUUUUUAAAAGGGCACUCCCAACUAGGGGCAAAGUGGCCUUGGAUACCCCAAAAUUUCAAGAGGCAUCAAGGCUAUUUUAAAGGGCAUCUAUUUCUGGUCAAAAGGACACCAAGGCCGAGUUGUCUAAAAUGACAAGUAGCACAACAUAUCAUCAUAAGGCUCUUCAGUAUCAGAAUUAUGCGAUACACACACCCUAACUUACAUGAGCCUGACUUAAGCCACACUGACUGCAAAUUGAACUUAGCUGAAACAAAUUUUUUUUUUAGGAUGUAGUAUUGGGACCAGGUCUUCCCUUAGAACUGUGCCACCAUUGAUUGACAGCUGACUUGGCAUCAAAGCUCCCUGGCUGGGGUUCUGAGUCUUGAUCCUCAGAAGAUCAUUGAUUGUGCUUGUUGAAAGUCUGGGCCGCAAAUCUCUUUGGCAACACUGAUGGAAAACUGUGGCAUAUUGGUUAAACUUGCCUGUUUUGAUAAUUUUUCUCUUUUUCUGGCCUUGUCUAUCACAUAAGACUGCUUCUUUUUAAUUUGUUCCACUGUUCUAAAAAACAAAGUUUUUUUCAAAAUUUUCAUGAUUUUUUAUUGCUUAUAAUACGCCACACUUUGCUUCUCUCAUUGGAAGUUACAGAUUAUGGAAUUAAAGUUCAAGACUAAACAAGUUGUUUUGUUUCUUAUAAGUCUUGGUGAAAUUCUCUCUUUAUGCUCUCCUCUAUAUUUGAUGAGGUUUGUGCCAGGAUUUUGCCAGUGUUUUCCUUUUUUCAAUUUUGAUCAAAAUUGCCAUAGGCAGCUACCAUACAAAAUGUAAUUAUUUAUCAUCAAUUAGUACCUAUCUCUUGACAUCCAGAAAGUUGUCUUUCUUCCUUCAACACCAAUAUUGACUUUUGAAUUUCCACUGUUGCAUGCCUAAGAAAAACAGCUUGGAGAUCUUUCAAAAUUGAAAGCAAGUAUCACCAUCAUUUCUUUUCUUCAUUGAUAUCCACCACAGUCUGAUUCUUUACUCCAUUUUGGUUCACAUAUGAAGUGGGUCAUCCUGGAUGUAUCGAUUUCAACAUGGAAACCUGGACCCUUUAUUGAUACCGUUAUUUUUAACAGAAUUUUAAAUGCAGACUGUCCAACCUGCAUUAUUGCCUUCAUAGGUAUAUCUGUACAACAUAUGAUGUGAAUUUUUAAAUAAUAAUCAUAUUGGCCAUUACUUGAUCUGUAUAAAAACAGGCAUCUUUAGGAAGCAUACUGAAAUGCUCCCACUCUUUCCAAUUUCGUACACGCCAAAAUUCACCAUGUGCUCAAUCUCUUACAUGUCAGAUCUCGCUGUAUGUUCACAUGCUACAUGCAUUCACAAUUGAUUAAUGCUAAAUAACAAUCUUUCAUGCUAAAUAACAAUCUUUCUCAAUUGGUUUUAAGUUCAAAGUUAAUACAGUUUAUGUAACAAUUAUGACACAUUCAGAUUGUGAAUAACAACAAUUAAGGAUAUACGUCAUUUUACUGAUUAUUCUGGAUUUCUGACAUCUAUCAUUGAUUCCGAUCUUCUCUGUAUAAGCUUGUAUUCUUCCCACACUUCUUAUAUGUAAUGUGCCCUCUUAGGCAAGAAUCUUCAGGCGCUACAAUAUGAAAGUCGCUUCCUGAUGUAAAUGACAUUGUUCUGAAAUAAGAAACAAUUUGAUUAUACUGUAUAUCAAUGGAAUAUGUGUUUUUGAUAAUUAUUUAAAAAAAAUCAGUUUACCUGUACCAUGGACCUAGUAGGUCCAUGCCUGUAUCUACCUGUAACAUAAAGGAAAGUUAUGUAUUCCGAUGGGUGCAAUGUUAAGGACUGCCUUUUACAUCUUCCAGAUAAAUCUGGAUUUUUUUUUUCCGAAGGUGUAAGUGCAGUUUGUAUUGAAGUAUACAUAUAUGCCCUACACUAGUUUUUUAUCACCAGCCAUUUUCUAGCAGCAGAAAUUUUGAUAUCAUGACAUCCAUAUCACUCUCUUAAUUUUCUCUCUGAAUUGACACCACAACUCUGUAUUAGUAUCAAAUUUAACAAAGUUUCAAUUUUUAUUUGAGAAAUUAAUGACUGUUAGAUGGGUUAAAUAUUAAUAUUGUGCUUGUUACAAUACUUGAGAGAUAGAAAACUCCAAUACUUGAAACACAUAUGUUUUUAAUCUCCAUCGAGAAUGAAAGUAUUUAAAAACUCGUAGUAAGAGGCCAUUUAUCUUCAGCGCUUUUUUUGUAUUUCACUUUAACAUGUAUGGACUGGUUUGAUUACAUGUAUUCAAGUGCAAUAUAAAGUAUAAUAAUACUCAGAUAAAUGCAGUACAAACUGAUAUUCUUGAAGAUAUAUAUUUUUUUCUCUUUAAUUUCAAAUGUACUAUUUUCACAUCAAAAUCACAGUCCACUCUUACAACAAAUCCACUUUUAAGUAAAUGAAUGAUAUUAAACAAAAUAUAGGCUGCAACUUCCAAACAUGCCUUGUCAGUGUCUUGCAGGAAAAAAAAACUUGUAACAUAGA